UUUGUUUCGUUUUAUAUGUACCCGUUUUAACUGUAAAGGCUUGUCAUAUCAAGGACCUUUUCAUGAUGUAAUGCAACUAUAUUUAAGGUUGUCAUAGCCAAUGCACUGCGCUAACUUGCGAUGUGCAUUGUUCCGUUCGUUCACCGCUAAAUUGAGAAGUCCGCGGGUGAAUUGAGGUCCCUCUUUCCUAAAACAUCUUGCCAUCAUGCCAAACCUCUUAGUGAUUAAGAGCUGCUUCCUGAGUUGCUUAUUAGUCCUGUUAUGGCCAUCUAACUCUCUGCAGGAGGAGCAAAGCAAGCUUCUACUGGUGUCCUUUGAUGGCUUCCGCUGGGAUUACGUGAAUCGAGUGCCUACACCCAAUUUUCGUGCCCUGAUGGAUGAGGGUGUGCAAGUCGAGCAAGUGGAGAACACAUACAUCACCAAGACCUACCCUAACCACUACACCUUAGUGACAGGAUUACAUGCUGAAACCCAUGGCGUUGUUGCUAACGAAAUGUUUGACCCCAUUCGAAACCGGUCCUUUUCCAUGGAGGGGCCAGAAGUAUAUGAUGCGUGGUGGUGGGAGGGGGCUGUGCCGUUGUGGGUGACCAAUCAAAAGGCUGGGAGGAAGAGCGGGGCUGCCAUGUGGCCUGGAUCAGAUGUAGCAAUUGGUGGAACAUAUCCAACACAUUACUUGAUCUAUAAUGCAUCAAUGGCCUUUGAGACCAGAGUUGAGAAACUCAUUGACUGGUUCUUAGGGCCUGAAGCAAUCAAUUUUGGUGUCUUAUACUGGGAGGAACCAGAUGAGAGUGGGCAUAAUUUGGGGCCAGAGAGUCCACUGAUGGAUGUAGUCAUAGCAGACAUUGAUGAGAAGUUAGGAUUCCUCAGGGAAAAGCUCAAAGCAGUUGGCCUUUAUGACAAAAUCAAUCUCAUUGUUACAAGUGAUCAUGGAAUGACACAGUUAUCACAUGAUAAGAUCAUUGAGCUGGACACAUAUGUCAGCCGUGAUCUUUAUACAUGGAUAGACAAGAGCCCUGUAGUUGGUAUUUUGCCCAAAGAAGGCAAACUUGAAGAGGUCUACAGUUUGUUGAAGAACGCAAACCCUAACAUGGUUGUGUACAAAAAGGAGGAGAUACCAGAGCAUUACCACUACAGACACAAUGUCAGAAUAAUGCCUCUUAUUAUAGAGGUCAAAGAGGGAUGGACAGUCAUGCAAACCAGAAAUGGAUCCUUCAUGUUGGGAAACCAUGGUUAUAACAACAGCCUUCCCAGCAUGCAACCUGUGUUUGUUGCACGUGGACCAGCUUUCCGUUGUGACUAUACCAAGGCCAACAUGCGCUUUGUGGACCUCUAUCCUCUCAUGUGCAAAAUACUUGGUCUCAGACCCUUGGCCAACAAUGGUUCUUUGGCAAGUGUGCAGGACCUCUUAGUGGAGACUUCAACCCCAAAGCCAGUGGUCCCAUCGGUGCCCAAGGAGCCUUCCUAUGCAUGGGCAGUGGGGUCCAUCCUUGGUGCAUCCCUUGUGAUUGGUUUCCUAUUCAUUUUUGUGCAACAGGUGACACAAAGGCAGCUACCCCCUUUGCGUCUCUCCAAUAGUGAGAUAACACAGCCCUUACUGUAGGAUCAGUUAACACCUAUAAUGAAGAUUCAGCCUUUCUUAUUCAAACAUAAAGGUUGUGGUCACUUUUUUCAUGUGAGGUUUUCAAAGCAUACCAGGUUCAGUGCUGACCUGUUUCACUAAAUUCUGACAGUACAUGGCAGUUAAGAUUUUAAGGAGUCAGCAUGGUCAUUUUAAUGAAAAAGUGAUCAGUAUCCAUUGUACCAUGCCAAAGCCGAAUAUACCAAAAGCAAUAUAGGAAAAGAUGCUACAGUUGGACAGAUGUAGUGCAGUCAUCAAAAUCUUAGCUGACUUAGCCAAUAGUGCCCUCUUCUGGUGAAGCUGUCAGUGAAAACUUUAUUCUUGUAACCUAAAAUGUAGGAUUCAAAGAAAAAGAUGUUAGCAUCCCCAUGCUUUUCUUUAAAUUCCAAUCUGAUAAGUAAUUAACAAGAGAGACAUCUGUCCUGGUCUCUGCAUUAAACUGAAUGUUUAACAAGGAAGUUUAAGGAUGAAAAUAUCAAGGAAAGUUAGUAGCAGUAGGUUUUCGAAUGUGUUGCUUGUUCUCAUACUCAUUGUUUUCUUUGAAUAGUUAAAUGCUGUUGUUUGGUUUAAGUUGGCAGAUUAAUGUUACUAAGUGUUAAUGGAAAAAAAAAACAGGUAGUUUUCAUGCUACCUCUGUGUUGCACUAAGAUAAAUGUAAAUUCUGGAGAGAUUAAAUAUUAUAGUAAGAUGUUUUGCACAAUGUAAUACCAUUCAGAAUUUAUAUAAAAAAGAGGGGUUGGGGGUGAUGCCAAAAUCUUCAAUUAUCUAUUAAUUUAGAAAUAAAUCAAGUAGUAAUAGUAUAGGUCCUGCAUUAAUGUAUUUUAUACUUUUUGGAAAACUCAUUGAACAAAAGGCCCUUUGUAGGGCAAAAAACACUGUGAUAUGUCUUCUACUGGUGAAAAGACUAAAGAAAAAAAUAUUAUUUAUGCUCUUUGAUAUAAAUGUUGCUGAAAUAGUUUGUAGUGGCUUGCAGAAUGAUAGGAUUCUUUCUAUAAUCUAAGGGAUAGUUCACCCAAAAAUGAAAAUUCUCUCAUGAUGUAUUCACCCUCAUGUCAUCCCAGAUGUGUAUGACUUUCUUCUGCUGAACACAAACAAAGCUUUUAAGAAGAACAUUUCAUCUCUGUAGGUCCAUACAAUGCAAGUCAAUGGUAACCAGAAAUUUGAAGGUCCAAAAAGCACAUAAAUGCAGAAAAGUAAUCCAUAAAACCCCAGGGGUUAAAUCUGUCUUCAGACGUGAUAGGAUAAGUGUGGGUGAGAAACAGAUCACUAUCUCCACUUUAAUAUAUAUUGUCAAAAAGGAUUAAUAUAUUGAUCUGUUUCUUACCCAAAGUGAGCAGUAGCAUGGAUUACUUUUAUGCAGCAUUUAUGUGCUUUUUGGAGCUUCAAAGUUCUAGUCACCAUUCACUUGCAUUGUAUGGACCUAAAGAGCUGAAAUAUUCUUCUAAAAGUCUUUGUUUGUACUCAGCAUAACAAAACAGUCAUACACAUCUGGGAUGGCAUGAGGGUGAGUAAAUGAUGAGAGAAUUUUCAUUUUUGGGUGAAUUAUUUCUUUAAGAUGGAAAUUAUCUCUUUCUAUAUUGACAUGUUUUCUGAGAUUGUUGUGCUUUGUGUCAAGUAUUUCUAUGAUUUUAUUGGAUUAGUCUUACAUGUUCUGAAUUUUACUGACUAAUGUCUGAUUUUUCUGUCAAAAAGCCCCAUAACUGAAACAUUACUUUCAAUGUGCUACAUUACAGGUAAAUAAAUAGCUGGUUUGGAAACACUCUCAGUUCAUGAGUGAAUAUCUGGCCUUGUGUAGUUCUUAGUGGCAUUCUCAACCCAUUUCCUUGAAAUGAUACACUGAAAGCUGGCAUAUCUGACAUUACUCAGUUUAAUUUUAAGUGGCUGGCUGCUAUACAACUUUAAGCCCUCUGGGUGCAACGGGUUU